CAAGUCUGGAAGCAGGGACUCAAAUUUAACAGAAUCCACCUUAAAAUCUCUGCCUUUACUCAAGCCCACCUUCCACCAUACCGCGUGAGGAUUACAUGAGAAAAAAGGAACAAUUGUGGAGAUAAUAACGCAAUAUCUCCUAACCAAGGAGAGAAAGAAACGAGCACAACGAAAGGACUCAUUUGGACUUCGGAGAUAGGGGGUAAGUGCUCUCAAAGCAGAAAAUUUGAUGAUGACCAUGACUACGAUGGCUGACGGUCUGGAGGCUCAAGACUCGUCAAAAUCGGCUUUCAUGGAGUUUGGACAACAAUCGCACUCACAACAGAGCUCCCCGUCGAUGGCCGCCAGCCAUUAUCCGCUCCACUGUCUCCAUUCCGGAUCUCAUCAUCAUCAGCACGACACCUCUCCGUACUCCGGCUCGAACUCUUACAACAGAUCGCUACCUUACUCCUAUGUAAGCCAUCCCCACCACAGCCCAUACCUGCCGUCCUACCACAGUAACGCCACCGGAGCACAGACCAGGUUAGACGCCACAGAACAGCAGAAGACAACAGUGAUUGAAAAUGGAGAAAUACGUUUCAACGGAAAGGGCAAGAAGAUCAGAAAACCGAGGACGAUUUAUUCCAGCUUGCAGCUUCAGGCAUUAAAUCACCGUUUCCAGCAGACUCAAUACUUGGCGUUACCAGAGCGCGCAGAAUUGGCUGCCUCCCUCGGGCUCACACAAACACAGGUAAAAAUAUGGUUUCAGAAUAAAAGGUCCAAGUUCAAGAAGUUGUUGAAACAAGGCAGUAACCCUCAUGAAAGUGACCCUUUACCCGGCUCCAUCGCUCUGUCCCCGCGCUCUCCUGCCAUUCCUCCAAUUUGGGACGUCUCAGCCUCCUCCAAAGGAGUAAACAUGACUGCUAACAGCUACAUGGCCGGCUACUCGCACUGGUACUCCUCGCCUCAUCAGGACGCCAUGCAGAGAUAGGCAACUAACUCUGUUUUAGGCCAGAGGCCUUGAUGUUGACAUCCUGUCUUUGCCAGUUCACGUGCGCUGAUAAUCGAUUCACGUGCGCUAGGACACACAUUGUCAUCGGUUUAAAUACCUAAUAGAGAAUUAUAGCCUACCAUUAAGGGGACGAUUUUUUUUUUUUUAAUUUUUUUUUUUUAAGGAGGAAGAUUUCUGAUUUGUCGAUCUGAACGUGCGACAAUGGAACAAUCUGAACUCCUCAGCAGCAACUUAAACGGAUUGUUUAAAAAUCGGUUCACAUGUUUGACUUGUAAUCAAACACACCAACACACACAUCGCAAACAUGUCAUUGGGACAGGAACCGAAAAGUUGUGACACGCACGACGCUUGAACCGCAUUUGAAAACGAACUCAAAACUGCAUAGAUGUUUCUGAUUAUGCAAAAGCAAUUUGAUUGUACAUAUGUUGUCUAGUUUUAGUUGUUAAAAACUUUUUAU